AGUACGUAAACUAAAGUUUUGUUAACUAAAGUGUUCUUACAAGUUUUGCAUUUUUGAAAUGCGUGAUGUAUACUGAUCCGUGACUCCGCGAGUGUUACCAGUUUCUCGGAAAUUGCAAUAUUAUGUACGGUUUGGAUUUUUGCAAUCAAAAUUCAGAAACAUCCGAUCUCGUAAUGAGUUCACUUCUCAGAAAGCGGAUUCGAUUGAGAAACAACACCUGGUGGAUCAGGAGUGGACUAGCAAACACCGCAAUGGGAAGGGUCCGAUAUAGAACCAUACCUCUCAAAAAAUACGCGACCGAAACCCGCCGAAACAUUUAUAACCCAUUUAAUAUAUAGAAUAUAUAUCCCGUGAAAUCUCUCAACAUCAAAGCCGCCUCACCGUCUGAAGAUAGACCUGUGUUCGAAUUUAUAUUUCCCGCCAAAAUGAGCCCACAAAGUCGCUCCAAAAUCAGAGCUAGAAAGAAAAGAAGAUUACAACGGUGAUCCUAACCUCAAACUAGCAUAGCGAACAAACGAGAUUUCUUAAAUUGAUUAUUCAAAACACAAAGAGAUAUUGGUGGGUGUUAUGGAGACCUAAUCUAGAACUGAAUCUGCUACUAUUAGAGCUUACUUUGGUAAUUUUCAGGACCGUGAUGCAUUCGUCACUAUUGAAAAUCCGCUAAGCGACUAAUCGGAUAUACUGAUUUCAAGUCGGGCCGAUUGUCAUUGACCGUAUUCAGAAAUGAUCAACUGUUUGUGACGAUCAAUAAGCAUCACAAUUCGACCAAAACUCAGCCCUUAGAUUAGUGGAAAAAGAGGAUGAAAAGUAACUCAAUUUCUGAACGGAAAAAGCUAAUGAAACUAAAGGACUGAGCAACCUGCCUUCGCUUUGAAGCCUAUCAAAGGUCUGAAAAACGCGUCGAGCCAUCACAAAUUGUACAUCCAAGGCUUCUAACUAGAUCUUCGUAGAAUGAAGGCAUUCCACCUCUGAAUAAUACCAAUAUUUGCUUCAGUCGAAUUUCAGCUUCAAACGCUUCAUUUAUUGCCAAACUAGAACAAUACGCAUUUCUGCGAAGUCGAAGCCGUAUCAAAAGCUUCUCAUUCAAAGCUUUGAACCGCCAUCAAGUAAGGCCGAAUCUAUUCCAAGAAGUCUUAUAUUCGACGCCGGUGUGUAAGAAAAUACAGGACCGGUUCUAAUUACCUGGGUUCCUGGCUCCAAGCUAAGCCUUCCCCGUCUGUGCAACAUCAGAGGCAUUCAAAGCUUUCAGUCCUCAUCGAACAAGGCCACAUCAACUCCGAAGAGUCUUAUAUUCAACGUUGAUGUGUCACACUGCUCCUCAAUACCCAAAUAUUUAAUCUAAAUUCAAUCCGAUCAAAACCUCGCUCACUCCUUAAAACCGAAAAAGCAUUCAUAGCACAAGCUCCAUCACCAGAGGAGGCUGUAUCGACCUCAAGAGCUGUCAUAUUGACGUCAUUGUAGAACUAAUAGUGCCGGUCCCAAUGCCCGGAUUUUCGACUUCGUUCUAAGCCUCACACGUUUUUGCAAAAUCGGAGGGUUGAUUCACAAGCCUCAAGGCUAUAUCGGUUUUAAAAUCUCUCAUAUUCGACGUUAUUUUAGAAAAAAAAUAGCGCCGGUCCCAAUGCCCGGCAUUUUGGCUCCGAUCUAAGUCUUGCUCAUUUUCGCUGAAUCAAAUCGUGGCUACGAGGCUAUAUCAACCCCAAAAGCUCUCAUAUUUGACGUCAGUGUGAAAUUCAAUAGUGCCGGUCCCAAUGCCCGGCUUCCACUGAAUCAAAUCAAAGCUUCGAGGCUAUAUCAACCCUAAAAGCUCUCAUAUUCGACGACAGUGUGAAAUUCAAUAGUGCCGGUCCCAAUGCCCGGCUUCCACUGAAUCAAAUCAAAGCUCCGAGGCUAUAUCAACCCUAAAAGCCCCCAUACUCGACGUCGGUGUGCAAUUCAAUAGUGCCGGUCCCAAUGCCCGGCAUUCUGGGCCAGUUUUAAGCGUAUGGGGAAGCGGGUGCUGAGCGAAGGCCUCUUCCAGCUGGUCCGGCGGGAGGCUCGGCGGCCCCUCAACUGGUACCUGAAGCAACUGGCCGGCUCGACGGCUCCGACGGCGGCGACGACGCCGGUCAUGCCCGGCACGGACGCGGACCUGGCGCCGGUCCUCUGGGCCGGCACCAACGAGAGCCUCGGGUUCCUGGAGGAGCUGAACGAGAGCGGGCUCGUGUGGCCGGCAGCGGUGGGGAACUUCUCCGACUUGGACAUUCGGUGGGAGUUGAACGGGAGCGGAUUCAACGGGACCUUCCCGCAGGCAGAGGACUCCGUCGAAGUGGUGUUCACCCUCGUCACGGCUCUCGUCUUGGGCCUCAUCAUCCUGGCAACUAUCAUAGGUGAGUUUAUCGUCUUUUCUCUUUUUUGUUUCAUCGUUAAAUCCAGGGUCGCUACAGGAAUGUAA